UUGCCCGGUUUGUUGACAGUGUGACGUUCACGAUAAAUAAACGUUUUAGCAUAAUGUUUGAUAAUAAAAGCGAUAAGCUGCUGCUCGAAAUUGAGGAAGACGAUGCUGCUCCCGAGGAUCAGCACCCCCGCUGCGAGCAUGGACCCACGGUUUUGUUCUACCGACAAUCCCAACUUCCCGGGCAGGGAUAUUAUGCAUGUUCAGCCCAUCGCGACUCAAAACUCUGCAAUUAUCACCUGCCAGCGGAUCAAUGGAAGGGACAGACCUCCAGGACGGCACUCACCAAAAGAGACUAUCCCAUGACAUGCAGAAAAUCAGAUAAUCCCACCAUUUGUGAUCCCACACUAAGCCUUACAGCGCUUUCCCAGGACAAAGUCAAUGCCCAAUACUUUUUUGAUCAAGCUGCACUCAACUUCUUGGCCAAUCAGUGUGAGCAUAUAGGAGCUAGCAAGGUAAUCUGCAUGGGCGCACCACGUCUACACUUCCAUCUGCGACACAAACUGCAAAGUUUUCUGCUGGAUCUGGAUGAGAGAUUUGCCGAGUAUCUGGGUCCUGAAGAAUUCUGUCUCUACAAUAUGUGCAAUAAUCACUUCUUUUACGAUCGAACGCCCUUUGAACAGUUUCUGGCAGGUACCAGUUCCGAUCAACUUGUGAUAGUAACAGAUCCUCCAUUUGGCUGCCGCACUGAACUGAUUUCGCACACGCUGCGCAGCCUCAGAAAACUGCAUAAUCAAAUCAACCGAUUGCCAUCCACUCCACUAUCCAUAUUCUGGAUAUAUCCCUAUUAUUCAGCUAACCACAUCAGGCAGGAAAUGCCUGAGCUUGAAAUGUGUGACUACAGGAUCAAUUACACUAAUCAUCUUAGAUAUUCCAAUGUGGGCAAGCAGAGUCGGUUUUGUGGAUCACCCGUGCGGCUGUUCACCAACGUGCCACUGCGAUUGCUUCAAUUGCCCCCUGAAGAGGGCUAUAAGUACUGCCAGAAAUGCGAUUGUUACACGGCCAAGGAGAACCUGCACUGCAACCGCUGCGGAAAGUGCCCCUCGGUGAAUGGCCAAACGUACAAGCACUGCGAGUCGUGCGAUGCCUGCGUGAAACCCAACUAUGUGCAUUGCUCCGACUGUAGAAGGUGCACGCAGAAGGAGGGUCACAACUGCUCCUUUUACCAGACCAACCAACACUGCUGGCUGUGCGGCCAGAAGGGUCAUAUCGAAACCAAGUGCCCAAACUUUCACAAGAGAAAGACGAACUAUACCAAAGGCUGCCUUUUGUGCGGCAAACGAAAUCACAGAGAAAAGCGAUGCUUGUACCGCACAAAGUACUUCAAGGAACAGUGCUUUAUGAACGAAACAACAAUUCAGUGUCUUUAAGAUACACACAAAUAUAUACGUACAAAGUUAAAUACAAA